CCCCGGACCCCCCAGCCCCCCGCAGCCGCCGUGUUUUGCAGCUGGAGAACCUGAUGCUGGACAAGGACGGGCACAUCAAGAUCACCGACUUCGGGCUGUGCAAGGAGGGCAUCAGCGACGGCGCCACCAUGAAAACCUUCUGCGGGACCCCCGAGUACCUGGCGCCCGAAGUGCUGGAGGACAACGACUACGGCCGCGCUGUGGACUGGUGGGGGCUGGGGGUGGUGAUGUACGAGAUGAUGUGCGGCCGCCUGCCCUUCUACAACCAGGACCACGAGCGGCUCUUCGAGCUCAUCCUGAUGGAGGAGAUCCGCUUCCCACGCACCCUCAGCCCCGAGGCCAAAGCCCUGCUGGCCGGGCUGCUCAAAAAGGACCCCAAGCAGAGGCUCGGCGGCGGCCCCGCGGACGCGCAGGAGGUGAUGGAGCACCGCUUCUUCGCCGCCAUCAACUGGCAGGACGUGCUGAACAGGAAGGUCGGCGCUGCUGCCCCCACUCACACCGCU